GCUGCGGGAGCGUGUUCUGUGCCGUCUGCCGCGGGGCGUCCCUGGGCUGUCACCAUGAACCGCAGCCGCCAGGUUACCUGCGUGUCCUGGGUCCGCCGCGGCGUGGCCAAGGAAACGCCCGACAAGGUAGAGCUAAGUAAAGAAGAAAUAAAACGUCUCAUUGCUGAAGCAAAGGAAAAAUUAGAAGAAGCUGGGAGCGAUGACGAGGAAGUGGGGGAGCCGGCGGACAGCGACAUGCAGAGUGCCCGUGCCGAGCCGCGGCCCCAGGAGCCGGAGGAUGGAGACCCGGAGGAUGACAGGACACUGGAGGAUGAUGAGCUGGCCGAGUACGAUUUAGAUAAAUAUGACGACGAUGGUGACCCAGAUACCGAAACUCUUGGUGAGUCUCUCAUGGGUCUCACGGUGUAUGGGAGCAACGAGCAGGAUCCUUACGUCACCCUGAAAGAUACGGAGCAAUACGAGCAGGAAGAUUUCGUGAUCAAGCCCACUGACAACCUCGUGGUUUGUGGCAGAGCUGAACAGGACCAGUGCAAUUUAGAGGUGCACAUUUACAAUCAAGAAGAAGAUUCUUUUUAUGUGCACCACGAUAUACUGUUGUCUGCAUAUCCUCUGAGUGUCGAAUGGCUGAAUUUUGAUCCUAGUCCAGAUGACUCUACUGGAAACUAUAUCGCUGUGGGAAACAUGACCCCCGUUAUUGAAGUGUGGGACCUGGACAUAGUCGACACUCUGGAGCCAGUCUUCACACUCGGGAGCAAGCCCUUGAAGAAGAAGAAGAAGAAAGGAAAGAAGAGCUCCGCCUCAGCAGAGGGGCACUCGGAGGCUGUCCUUGACCUCUCCUGGAACAGACUCGUCAGAAACGUGCUUGCGAGUGCUUCCGCUGACAGCACUGUGAUCCUGUGGGACAUGGCCGUGGGCAAGCCAGCAGCCAGCCUUGCCGUGCACGCGGACAAGGUACAGACUCUUCAGUUCCAUCCAUUUGAAGCACAGACUCUGAUUUCUGGAUCAUACGACAAGUCCGUAGCACUGUACGACUGCCGGAGCCCAGAGGACAGUCACCGCAUGUGGCGCUUCAGCGGGCAGAUCGAGAGAGUGACGUGGAAUCACUUCUCGCCGUGCCAUUUCCUGGCCAGUACAGAUGAUGGUUUUGUGUAUAACUUGGAUGCACGUUCAGAUAAGCCCAUUUUUACACUUAACGCACACAAUGAUGAGAUCUCUGGGCUUGAUCUCAGCAGUCAGGUCAAGGGCUGCCUCGUCACGGCGUCAGCAGACAAGUAUGUGAAGAUCUGGGACAUACUGGGAGACCGGCCGAGCCUGGUUCACUCCAGAGACAUGAAAAUGGGAGUUCUUUUCUGCUCUUCAUGUUGCCCAGAUUUGCCGUUUGUUUAUGCUUUUGGAGGUCAGAAAGAAGGACUUCGGGUCUGGGACAUCAGCACCAUUUCUUCAGUAAGUGAAACGUUUGGAAGAAGAGAAAGGCUUGUUCUCGGCAAUGCAAGAAAUUCAUCGGUGAGCGGCCCUUUGGGGAGCCGGAGCUCGGACGCACCGAUGGAGUCGUAGCGAGAUCAGUUUCACGGUGUCUUUUUCACCGCAACCCAGAGGUUCAAAAGCAGCCUGAAAUAUUUCGUGCAGUGACUGAAACAAAUCAUGGCUGUGACCUGACAUUCCUCCCUGCAAUAUGGUGGCAGCAGAAACGAGGCCAUUCUGUGUGUGUGUGAUGGGAAUUCACGGAGUAGAGACUCCUGCUGCCUUCUGUGAAAAGGAUAAGAAAUGUUUGGGGGCAGGGGAGAUACUCAAAAGGCCAGAGCACAUGGUUUAUGUGUGGCAGCCCUGGGAAUGAUUCCCAACACCUCAUGGUCCCCCAAGUACCUUCUGAAGCACCCUCCCGCCAAAAUAAAAAGG